AUGGCCUCCUCAGCCAAGUCCAAUCCCGAACAACCAUCCGCCGUUCCGUCUUCGACCGAACCUCCUCGCCCUCACUCCCAACCGCCAUCGCAAGCGCAUCCACACCCGCAGUCGCAGUCGCAGUCGCAGAAGCCACCGGUCGAUGGAAGCACAUACUAUGGCUAUCUCUUCAAUGGCGACAAGACGCCCACCGACCUGCUUAACGCGCUACUUCGCGCCAUCGGGCAAUACAUCAUCGAUCACGUAGGCGAUACGAACGACAAGCAGCUUGAUGCCAAGAAGCUGUCUGCCUUCUACCAUGCCGUUGGCGGCGACUAUGACUCGCUCUUCGUCAAGGCUCCCAACAAGUCCAUCUCCUAUAUCUGGCAAGCACUGGGAGUCCAGCAUACCUUCCAACCCACCGAUAAUGACUUCGAAGAACCCUGCAUUCCCGCCUUGACGCUGAAGGGCUUCGCGCGAUGGCAAUCUCUCCAGAUCCUGCUUGGGCCCGAGGAACACGUACCCUACAUCCAAUAUGCCGUGGCCAACUGGAUCCUUAGCCAUCCCGAAACGGGCGAACCCUUCCCACCUGACUUGCCCGCCGAUGCUUUCCCAGCAGUGUGCGAUCCGAAAAUAGAUGAGUGGCAUAGAAGCUGUGCUGCGAGGUUGCGCGAAGCCGUGACACCGAGAGAAGAACAUCCUCCUCGACGACACUCGUCUGAUCCCCGAAUACAUGCCACUUUCAACCAUGUACGCAGCCCGCUCGCUGGUGGUGUACCUCGUCAGAGGCCUGAGAUGGACUACUUCUCGCGUGAGAGGUCGGUGCCCUAUGUCCGUGUAACAGCGAAUCACUUUGCGGGUCAGCCUUUCUCUCCUCGCAUUCCGCCAGAGAAGCGCCGGCUCAGCAGUAGUAGCGGCAGCUCACUAGACGACGUGCCCCGAAGGCGAAGCUUUUCCGACCUACACUCUCCGCAACCAAAAAUAGAUGAGAAAGACAUGCGAUCCUCGGCGCACCACGAUCCCCGACGCCCGCCAAAUCUCCGUCGUCACAGCCACCCGCGGCCACAAUCUGCGUCAAGUUCGGAGUCGGGGACUGAUAACGACGUACCGUCACGUCCAACUUUCAAGACGGGGCCGCACGGUCCUGCUCCACCGCCUUCAUCGUCUUUUCGGCGCGUCGCAGGACCACCGCCCCCUGCGGCGUCAGCUUUCUCAAGCCGUGCUCGGCGCAACGACAUACGAGCGGAUGACCCUCGCAGGAUGAGUUUGCCUGCAGGAAUCAAACACAAGCUUACCUCGAUGUUUCCGGGAUCCUCUGAUCGACAUCGAAGCAGCUCUCAUGAAACGCCCACCGUUCCUCCUAUACAUCCCGUACGUUUUCGGAAGGAGGCCUUACCGCACUCGCGCUUAAACCGGAGUCAAUCAGGAGACUCUUUUGUAGAUGAAGAGUCAGAUCCACAACCGACAUCACCAAGAUACACCUCACGAAACAAUCGUGAGCGGAUGGUGGAGAAAGAACGCGAGAGAGAACGCGAAAUCGAAGAAGAGCGAGAGAGAAGGAGUCGAAAGGAAAGAGAGUAUCUUCGACCGCCUAUGAGCCGAAGAACCAGUAGUCACAAUGAUGGUGAACGACGGGCAGGGUGGGAAGCUCGAGACAGAGAGCGGAAUCGGGACUGGGACCGGGAUGACGGAAGGAGGGCUUGGACAUCCGACGAGAAUCAGCGAAGAGACCGAAGACGAUACAACGACCGUGGACCUGACCAUGCAGAGACUGGCGUCAGCGGCAGGAGAUACCCCCGUCAAGCUGGAUUUUGA